AUGCCUUUCGCGCAACUUGUGAUAGGGCCGCCGGGCUCUGGCAAGUCGACAUACUGCGAUGGCAUGCAGCAGUUCAUGGGCGCAAUCGAGCGCAAGUGCUCGGUGGUGAACCUCGACCCCGCGAACGACUCUACUUCAUAUCAGCCCGCCGUAGACGUACGAGAUCUGGUCACUAUAGACGAUAUCAUGGAGCAAGAGGCCCUGGGACCGAAUGGCGGGGUUCUGUUUGCGCUGGAAGAACUGGAGAACCAUUUUGACUGGCUCGAAGAAUGCCUGAAGGAGCUCGGAGAUGACUAUGUUCUCUUUGACUGUCCUGGCCAGGUAGAGCUCUUCACACACCACGGCUCCCUGCGGAACAUCUUCUUCCGCCUCCAAAAAAUUGGGUAUCGAAUGGACCUACCGCACCUAAAUGUCCUCACCAAGAUCGACAACCUCAAAAACUACCCAAAUCUACCUUUCAACCUCGACUUCUACACCGAAGUACAGGAUCUGCACUAUCUCCUCCCUCACCUCAAUCGCGAACAAACGUCUGGUAUCCCAGGUCCGACAACGGCUGGCGCAAAUGCCGACACAGACAUGGACGAUGACGAACCAACAUCCAAGUUCUCAGCCCUCAAUAAGGCCAUCGUCGAGUUAGUGGAGGACUUUGCGCUUGUGGGCUUUGAAACGCUAGCUGUCGAAGACAAAAAAAGCAUGAUGACACUUCUACGGGCCAUCGACCGUGCUGGAGGAUAUGCGCUUGGUGGAGUGGAAGGUGCGAACGAGACUGUAUGGCAAAUGGCUAUGCGAUCGGAUGGUGUGACUAUGGACGCGCGGGACGUACAGGAGCGAUGGCUUGAUCGGCGAGAAGAGCUUGACGAAGAAGAGAGGAAGGCUUGGGCGGAAGAGAGCAAAGAGAUGGCCGAUCCGCCGGAGGCUCAACAAGCACCACCGCCAGCACCGAAACCUGCAGCAGAGAAGACCAAAGCAAAUGAUGGAGAUGAGGAUGAUGACAUGGAAGACUUGGAGGAGAUGAGGAGGUUCAUGGAGAAGAAGACGGACGUCGGGGUAAACAUCGUGAAGAAGUAA